GGGGGCUGAGGGUUCUCUUUGUCGUUGGGGUGGGGGGUAAGGGGGCUCUUUUUGUUGUUGUUGUUUUGUUGUUGUUGUUUUGUUUUUAAAGAUGCUCAACUUUUUACAAGGCACUUUUAGAGACGUCACACGCCGUGGGAGCGCCCUGGGGAAUGGGAGCUGUACGUUGUCUGUAUAUCAGCAAUUAUAUACAUAGAAACGAUGUACUUGUGAGAUACAAAACGAGGAGAAAAGAGAAAAAAAAAAUAGAAAAAAAAAGAAAAAAAAAAAAAACAAGAAAAAAUACUCACAAAAAACUUCUUCUUCUUCUUCAUAAUGCACAUAUUUUUAUAGAGAAACAAUACUGGUUUUUUGCAUUACGUGUGACUCCGCGACCGGGUGGUGUUUCUUUGGGUUUUAUGUGGAACUGAUUCUUACAGCCCUUCAUUGUCCAAAUGUUUCUGCUCUUCCUUUGCUCUCCUUUCCCCCCUAUACCGCCACCAUCAGCCCACAGCUCCUCCUUCCGCCGCCCCUUUCAUUUUCCCUUUGUACUUUAGAGGUUGUGUCCUAACCAACAGCAAGGAACCAAAUCACUACUGAAUUGUAGCCAGUGCAAUAAUAAGUUAUUCAUUCUUCUCGUCUGUACAAUGAUCCUUUCGCUCGUUUUCUUUUUCUUCCUCCUUUUUUAACAGAAAUUCAGGUUAAACGCUGCAAUAAUCUGAAGUACCGCGCACAAACGAGGUGUCCCACAUUGCACAAACAAACAACAAACAGAGGCGAAACAAUAAAAGGGAAAAAUUUCAAUCUGAAGAGAUUCACAGAAUAAAUAGUGAAUUAUUUAAGACAUGUAUUUUGUUGCCUGCAGUUUGAAGUAGGUUGUUGGUGCAGUACGUCGAGGUGCAAAGAGCUGUUGGUGGCGGUCCAUGUGAGCAGGCUGGGAUCUGUUCUCCUCCUGGCUGUGAGGUCGCAAUGGUGGCCAUAACCCCUUCCAUUCUUAGAGUGGUAAUCAGCUCCAGUGAGGCUGGGAAAGGCCCCUCGGAUCCCCAACCCAACCCCAUCCCACUGUGACACCAAACCACGUCCCCCUGUUGUUCUGAACACCCCCAGGGUGGUGAACCCAUCCCUGGGCAGCACUGCCAGCAUCAGCGCUAUCUCAGAGGAGGAAUUAUUCCUAAUAUCCAACCUGAACCCACACCCACAUAGACGUUCCUCCACCACAUUCCAGAGCCUUUUAAGUUCAAGUGAACACCGUUUUAAUAUAUUUUAAUAUACAUUUAUUUAGUUUUGGGGGUUGAUUUUCCAUUCGUAGCCUCUAUUCCCUGCUCCUUCCCCACUCCUCAGCCAGACCCUCUGCUCGGAUCAGCUUCACCACAGAGCACUGACACCAUGAGCAUCAUCAGCCCCAGCACUGCAACACCAGCAGCAAAAAGACACAUUGGGGAGGGGAAAAACUAUCAACCAACCAACAGAAAGAACUAAAGCAACCGUUCUCCUUUGGUUCGUUCCAUGCCGCCUCAUAUUUAUGCAUCCACGUAUAUCUUCUGUUGUUUAUGCAUUCAUUACUCGAAAGGAAAUGUAUCUUGUUUCACAUGUAUUAAACUGUAUAAACUGGAAGCCUGGCUUGACUUUGUGAGCAUCCCCAGGGACCUGCCUGCUCUGUGCAAUCAGCAGCCAGGGGGGGAUUAUUGCAGUUAUUCCUUCCCGUUGGUUUAAUGAGGGAUUCUGGAAAAGCACCAUUAAUUACCCAACAUAACGAGGGGUGGGCGCCUCAGAGACCCCCGACCCGAAGCUUUUCUCCCCCCUGACAGCCCUGUCUCGAUCUCCUUGCAUUGCAGCAUCACCUAGCGGCCAUUUCCCGUGCUCUUUAGAAAGAGCCGCCCGAAUUUGAGGGGGGGGGGUCUCCGAGGCCCCUCCCCGCAUAGUUUGUCCCUUCCGCCGCUCCGUCCGUCCUCAUGGCAACGGCCACCGGCAAGAUGGCGGCCGCCAGCAGCCCCAGCGUCUUCAUGGUGGCCGUCAACGGGCAGAUCGAGAGCGGGCAGUUCCCUGGGUUCGACGACCUCUACUGCAAGUUCUGCUUCGUCUACGGCCAGGACUGGGUUCCCGCAGCGGGCCUGGAGGAGGGAAUCUCACAGAUCGCAUCAAGGAGCGACGUGGCACCCACCAGCUUCGUCUGGAACUUCCCCAUCGAUAUCACCUUCAAGAGCACCAACCCGGCCGGCUGGCCGCAGAUCGUAGUGAGUGUCUACGGACCUGAUUUCUUUGGCAGUGAUGUGGUCAGAGGUUAUGGAGCCGUUCACAUCCCCUUCACACCGGGAAGGCACAAAAGAACCAUUGCAAUGUUUGUUCCGGAGUCCACGUCCAAGCUGCAGAAGUUUACAAGUUGGUUCACGGGGAGACGUCCAGAAUUUACUGACCCGAAAGUGGUGGCACGAGGAGAAGGAAGAGAAGUAACGAGGGUCAGAUCUCAAGGCUUUGUCACCAUUUCCUUCAACAUCGUGACUAAAGAUAUGAAGAAGCUGGGCUAUGAUGUGAGCCCAAGCGACAUGCAGAACCCCUCUCUGGUGCCAGAUACAGAAAGGAUUCAAUGGUACAACGCUGGGCAGAAGACAGCAAUGCUGAAUGGCGAUUCCACCUGCACUGUAAUCUGAUGGGGCUUCUUAAGGCUGUGCUGAAGACAGACUCUCAGUCCCUGCAGGGAUGGAUAAAAAGACUCUAUGAAACCCUGCAGGACCUGAAUGAAAGGCCUAGAGAUGGCAGAGCCAGUGCCCUGAAGAUAAUACAGAUGACAUGGGUCUCCUUGCUUAGGAUCCAAAUUACAGGGAUGUAAGACCCCUAAUUGGCAAUGAAAACGAUCUGCUCCCUGCCCCUGAAAAUCUAGAACCUGGUACCCAUAGAACAGAAUGGCCUUGGAAGGUACAAGUAGGACCUGCUUGCUCCUGAGGUAGAUUAUUGAAGACUGGGGGGUCAGUAGUCCCCCUGGUAAUAGGUACAUGACCACAGCAGCUGCAGGCUAACACUGGUUUUCAUCACUAAGGGGACCUUAAUCAUGUCCCUGUGGCAAAUCAAGGACAGCCCCCCUCCUCCUCCCUUCAGUCUCUGAUAUAGUUCUGCAGCCUCAGAUAUUACAUGCCCCAAUGUAAGCCAAAGUGUUGACCCAGGACAGGAACAUCACUUUUAUCUUGCCAUGGAGGGCAGACCUCCCCCUUGGUACUUCUGAUACAUCUGUGCUAUUCUUCAUGAGUCUCCCCAAGUUCACAGGAUCGCUGGGAGGAGCAAUGUGACAUCAAGAUGCUCCACUGUCACUGUAAGAUCAGUGUGAUACCUGAUAGUGGGCUGUUAUGGGUUUGAUGGAAUCUAAGCCAAACCUGGUCUGAACAACUGUGUGCCUCCAGAACCAUCGAGUACUGGGCCAUAAAAGAACAUGAACUUCAAUCAAGAACCCAUCAACAAUCGAGUUAUAUUUUGUCAGACUAUACUGUGACAGGCAAAUUGUAUGAAGUAUCACAGUGUACCAAAGACUGCUGUUAUUGCUGUACUUCCCAUCGCAUUAUAGUGUGUGACAGAAGCUCUGAAGCCAUUCUCAGAUGCCUUCAGUGUGAGGACACAAGGCUGGUCCUCAGUCUGAACAGCUUCUCUUUUGACACCUCAGCACAGCCUUGCACUGAAUCCUCCUAUGAGCUACUGUUAGUGCUUUUCUUUGGGCUGAACAAACCCUGCUGUCUAAAUGUAUGUGUUUCUCUCUGUCUGCUGCCAAGGGGUUUUGUUUGUGCCAGCACGGCUGUUUCUAAGUCCUGAAUCAUCCAAGGUAUCAAUUGUACCUAUAAGAACAGCAUAAGCGUAUAUAAUGUGAUAAAAUGACUGAUUGCUUAGUCAUCUUCAUAUUUAUGUGUGGACAUGUAACAUUGUGUUUAUUGAAUGCACAUAUCAGGAGAUAACUGUGAGAAGGGCUCACACUGACAUCACCCUGCAAGUGAACCAGCAGCACCUCGAAACUGUAGGGAUAAAGAGACGCAGUGUGAAGCUCCAAAGCCUCCAAGUAAAUCAGCCAGUCCGAUGUGGUUGUUUCACACCGUGCAGCAUCACCAAAUAAAUAUAAUUUCUAAAAUGAGAACAUGAGCAGUGGGAUCUUACUGCGUAUUUUGUAAUAUGGAGAAAUGCUUCUCCAAAGGCGAUUAUGGAUCUUUUUCAUCUCUUUGCUUUUAUGCUGGCGUGUUGUUGUUGGUUUUAUGCUUCCAGUAAGGGGAUCUACCAGUUGUUUUGGCAACUGUUGUAAUCUCUCAGUUGAGUCACGUUGGAAUCAAUAUUAGUAAGUAUUUCCUGCUGGCUCAGAAGAGAUGUGAGGAAUUUUGUUUCCUUUUAAAGUAUUCUGGAAGCGGUUAUCAACAGUAGCAGGAUAAAUAGCUGCAUGUGAAAGACCUGGAACCCACAUUAACAGCUACCACUGCUUAAAUCUCUCCUCUCCCUUGAGCACAGUGAGCCGCCCCCAUUCCAAUCGGAGCACAGCUCUGAUUCUACACAUGAAAUAAUAGUUAAAACCAGAUGAAAUCCAAACUGCGUGCCCAGAGGGAUACAGUGAAUUUACCUGCAUCUGAAGCACUGUUUGAUAUGUGAAGUGCUUACCACACUGAGCCUGAUCAAAAGCAUCUUCAGAAAGAUGGUUAAAAACUAAAUAGAUGGAGCCACAGUGAAAAGCAUUGCUUAGAGUAAACCCAAGCAAUAAUUAUGGCUAAUGCUGCACAGCUCCAAGCUGCUCCCACACCUCUAUGUGUUAUUAAGGCAUUUUGUCUGCUCUCUUGUUUUUUCCCUUUCCUUCUUUUGAUUCAUUAGCAUUCUGAGCGUGUUUAAGAACCUCAAACAUCUCCUGAAAGGUCUUAGAACAUGUUUAGUGCAUGGACACUUUGCUGUAGGAACUCUUCAGUCUGACACAGUCUGCUCCUUAUGCAAUGGCACGUGCUGGGGGGGAUGUUUUCAAUAACAGCUUCCCGAGUUCAAUACCAUCUGUUUCUUCAGAAAGACGACUGUGGAUCUAUCUAAUAAACAUGUUCUUCUCCCUGAGA